AAUUUUUUGCCCAUUCAUCACCUAUCCACAUCCACUUGUGCCUGAUCUGCUGCUCAGUCAUUUCCAUUUCACAGAAAGAUUGCACUCUACCACAGCAGAGAGUACAGAGAAAGUAGACACUGCAGAUAGAUUCUGACCAUCAUCCAGGAACAACUGCACGACUCUGGAAAGACAUCCAGUCCCUUCCCAGCAUUGCUCAACACAGAGAAGGUUGGGCAGUGAAUCCAUCAAGUGGAAAUUGGUCGGGUCAGGGGAGCUUUGACAUAUCAUCAGAUCUGAAACUGGUCAGUGGUGUGGAGCAUUCCAUCAGAACUAACCUUUCUGAAGGUUUGGCUGUAGGUGAUCAGUCAGAGUGAGGCUGGGAAGAAGUGUGAGUGGCUCCAAGUGUGGUGAGAGCUUUGAUCAUUCAUCGAGCUUCAUGAACCAGUGACUUUGUUCUACAGGGAACAGGCUGUUAAAGUGUGAGGUCAAGUGUUAUCCAGACUUCACACAGAAAUCAAAGCUAAUGAAUCUCCAACGCACUCACACUGAGGAGAAAUCCUUCAAGUGCAAGGUUUGCAACAAAGCAUUCUGCAACUCAUCGAAACUCCUGCGUCAUCAGAGGAUUCACACGGGAGAGAAACCAUUCACAUGUGAGGUGUGUGAUAAAUCAUUCUCUGUAUCCUCACACCUCCGUGUGCAUCAACGCAUCCACACAGGGGAGAAACCUUUCAGAUGUAAGGUGUGCGACAGAUUAUUCUCACGGUCAGAGAAUCUCCGAACACACGAACGCGUCCACACAGGGGAGAAACCAUUCACGUGUGAUGUGUGUGAGAAAUCAUUCUCACAAUCAGGACAGCUCCGCACACACCAACGUAUCCACACAGGAGAGAAACCAUUCACUUGCAAAGAGUGUGAUAAAUCAUUUUCAGAUUCAUCGUCACUCCGUAGACAUGAGCGCAUUCACACAGGGGAGAAACCAUUCACUUGUGAAGUGUGCAGUAAGUCCUUCUCAUCAUCCUCGACCCUCCACACACACCAAAGUAUUCACACUGGGGAGAAACCAUUCAUGUGUGUUAAAUGUUUCAAAUCAUUCUCGGAUUUGUCAUACCUCCGCAGACACAAACGCAUUCACAUAGGAGAGAAACCAUUCACUUGUGAGGUAUGCAAUGAAUCGUUCUCAUCAUCUUCGACCCUCCGCACACAUCACCACAUUCACAUGGGGAAGAAACCAUUCACUUGUGAGGUGUGUGACAAAUCAUUCUCUCAGUCAGGGAUUCUCCGGGUCCACCAACACCUCCACAUGGGAGAGAAACCAUUCCUAUGCCAGGUGUGUGAUAAAUCAUUCUCGCAGUCAGAAAGCCUUCACAGACACCAAUGUAUCCACACAGGAGAGAAUCCGUAUACAUGUGAGGUGUGCAAGAAAUCAUUCUCGAGGUCCUGGAACCUCCUGCUCCAUCAGAAGAUCCACACAGUGGAGUAACCCUUUCAUCGUGAGGUUUGUGAUGAAGCUUUUGUGAAAUCUUUGACCAUGGGGAUCCCACAUCAUUUACAUGGGGAUCACAUAUUUGUGAUACUUGUUCAGUGGUUAUGACAAAACUCUCACCCAGUCAGUGUGUUUCCUGGUCCAUCAACACAUCAGUGCAGUGAGGAAUAAGCAGUUGUGUUUUGUACCCAGAGCAUUGACAAAAACUUAGCAAUGCUAUACACAGAUUGAGAGCCUGGAUUUUGUCUUUGCUUGUGAACAUUUCAAUCAGUACCUGUUUGAGAGCAAGAAAGUGGUGGUGAAGUCUGAUCACAAGCAAUCAAAGCAUCUUUCCUAAACGACUUCUGUUUGUUCCAAAUGUUUGUAAAGAAUGUUAUUUAAUUUGGAGAGAUAUCACUGAAGUGAAGGACAAAUAAAGGAAGCAGAUGUACAUCAGUGACAUGCUCUAUGGAGUUGCACUCUCUUCGGAGAAAGUUGAUGCUGGUACAUAGUGUGAAAUAUUCCAAGAUUCAACAAGAAGCAACAGCACAGCAUACUCUGGAAAUGAUCAACUGAGCAGAGAUGUUGGAAAAGAUCUUUCAGUCUCCAUAUCAUCGGAAAUAAUUUAUAAACUCAAAUGGUGCACUGGAACCCUCGAACAUUCCAACAUACUGACCCCAUUGGGAUAGCCUGGGACACUUCAAGUUCCAAAAGGCAAUAUCCUGGCUCUCAGGGAUCUUCUGAAAAAAAAACUGACUUGAAUUUGUAUCAGAGUUUGCAAUGUACUUACCUGAAUAGUUGUCUGGCAAUUAUCAGCUGCAACCCCAAAACUAUUUCCCGCCCUGCUGACAAUAUCCCUGACUGAUGCCAUCACACUGACUCUUCCCCAGCACACUACACCAUACCUGCACAGAUCGUCCCGACUCCGUGUGGAUUUCUGCACUAAUUCUCUUUGCUCUCUCUCUCUUCAAAUAUGACAGGUGCUUGUGAUAAAAAGAUGUCCUGAAAUCAUCAGCCAAGCAUUUGAAAGAGCUGUUCAUGACUUAUGACAGCCCAUGGAUGAAGCUGGGAGUAGACCUCUGUGCUCUCACUGGAACAUUUAUGAUAGAUGACAAUGAAUGGUAAAAUAAAGUAAGAUUUAAAAAGAGAACAGCAAGAGCAUUAGAAGGAAUUGUCAGAAUAUAAAGGGUUAAAGCAGUGUAUGGAAAAUUCCUGUAAUACACAUGUAAUUACAGAUGUCAAAGGACAGAAAAUAAAGAAUGACCAUUUCUCUGCUUGAGAAACUGCUGAGGCCUGUCUAAUAGCUGAGAAAUGAGUUUACCAGUAAUGAAGAGAAUGGAGACGGUGAGGCUGUGACGCUGAGAUCAGGGAAGUCAGGAUCAGGCAAUUGGAACUCCCAAAGUUAAUGUGAGGCUUGCACAUAGUUUUGAGAGAGAACUCAAAAACCAGUCAGCGAACCUUCACUGGAUCUCCAAGACAUUUGACGAGAGUAACUGUCAGGUCAAAUUCCUUAACUUAGAUACCAGGCUUGCACCAAUCAGAACAUUACAUGCCAUUUAGUGAGAGCUGAUUAGAAAGUUAGGCAUUUAACCUGCAGUGUAUUACUAUUAGGAAAAUAUGUUAACUUUCUUCUGUUGUCAAGAAGCAUUUGUUUAGCUUUGAAUAAGUGUGUCCUGCUUAAAUGUAGUAAAGCUGUAUUUUGUUUAAAGCUGAUGGAACUCUGAAAAGCCAAGUUUAAACAUUAGAAUGACAGCAAACAUGCACUAAGGUUAGUGACUAGUGGGUUGUCUGCACUAAAUGGGGUGUGUAAGUGCAUUUUAUGUAAAAAAACAACUAUUUUCAACUCAGAGCCUUUGAACUGUUCAUCCAUGCAUGUGAUUAAACCACUUAUAUCUUA